CAUGUACUUUAAUCUGAUAAAGGUAACUAAAUCAAUUUUGUUUUAAAAGGGCUGAAACCACAUGAGCAGUUUCUACACUCUUUGUAACUAGUUAAAUUUCUGCUAUAGUUUACACACCACUAUAAACUGGCAAGGAAUGUAUGUCUGUAGAAACACUCAUGCGUUCCAAGAAUCUCCUGCCUGUUCAGGUAAUUGCAUCUGUGCCAUCUAACCCGAUGGGGAGCAGUCAAUCUGGACAGAAGGCAGCAUUUGAGGAAGCUUUACACAACAGCAUAGAAAGCUCAUUGCGUUCUGUAGCUGUUGCUCCAAGCUCUGUAUUUUCUACUUUGUUUCUCAGCCUUCGACCAGCUUCUGUGGUUAAUAAAGAUGAAACAGCUGAUAUAAAGCCAAACUCUGAACAACUAAAUGAAGAGUUAAACAAACAAAACGCAAGUCGACAAGAAAGUACCAAUGAACCACAAAACUCUUUGCUGGCAGCCAAGUUCCCUCAUACCAACCAAUCCCCUCUUAACUCCUCAAACCCAUCAAUUCUUUCAUUGCAAAGUGGUACUUCACCUACUCCUGUAUGUCGACCUCCUGCCCUUAUCCCUGCAAGCCAUGUUCGACACACAAACUUUCCUCACAAUGUAGCCACCUCAACCUCAUUGCCCCCAGUACCCCGUCCCCCUAUGACAUUGAUGGCACAACAGCAACAACAACUUGAGCAGGCACGGGUAGAACAGUUGAAACAACUUCAACGGCUCCAUGCAUGGAAACAACUUCAUAAGGAUAAGCCUCUACAUGUAAUGCCUGGGUCAGAGAUGAGUGCAAGCGGCAACAAUCAACAAUCUAACCUACCAGCAGUACUUGGGGGAAGUGGCAUGUCAGUCCAACCACCAGCUCCUAUUGUGUUGCCGUCGAAUUCAAUAAACGGAAUGUAUUCAAACGGAAACUUCCACGGAACUCGUAUCACUGGAAGCAAGCUUCCAAAAGGAUUUUGCAAGAGUGGGAAGGAUAUUAGAUUGACAACGCUGGAAAAUGAUUCCAGUUUCAUGGUACCAUGCCCAAAUGAGUAUGUCCUCCUUGCUCUGCAGACUUCUGCUAGCUCUUCCUCUGACAACCUCGUCAUUAUUGCAAUAAACCUGAAAUCCUUGCCUCCUCCAAACAGUUCUUCCCAAGCCUUGUCAGUGCAAUGCGUUGGUUGUGGGGAGAAGGCAAUACACACAUUCAUACAACUAGUCGAACACGUGGGCCUUGAUUAUUCGGAAGUGGCCAAUGCACAUCUAAAAACCAACUCAAGUCACCUCAUAGGAGCACAUGCACGAUUUUACCUUGUGAGAGAUAGAAAUAAUGCAAGACACCUCAUUAGAGGACCUGCACUGAUGUGGAAUAAACAACUUGAAGCUGGAAGAGUAAGGAGCAGCAUUCCCGUUCCUCGCUUCUCUGUGAUGCAGAAUCCGAUGUUUAGGAACCAGAACACCAUGCUUCCAACCCCCACUCACUUCACGUCACCCAAAUCCUCUCACCCACCCUUGGUUCAGUCGUUAUCUGGCCCCACAUAUUCAAGGGGAAUAUACCCGCUCAAAAGAAAAGCAUCCAGCAUAAAUCAAGAAAGUAGUAUUGAAAUAUUUGAAGAUGAGCCAAGAAGAUACACUCUCAACAAAGAAGAUGCUUCAUCCGAUAUUGUGAUCCCGGAGGACCUGGCACUGACUCUGCAAAGAAAACUGAUCAUUAUGUUACUUCAUCCUCUGAACCAGCAGCCGAGGUUAAGCGGGGACGUAGCAAGCGUGGUUGUCACAUCCAGGUUCUCAGAAUGUUUAGGCAAAAAUAAUGAACCGGAUGUUUCCAAUCUACGUCCAUUCAACUUUAAUCUCAUGCUACUUGUUACAGUGCAGUACCUAGUCUCACUGGGGACUGGUAGCAUUAUCAGUAGUGAAGGUUUUAGCCAUGCAGCACUGCAAGCAAGGAAGCAUGUAGAAAUGCAUCCUCACUUAAAUGAUCAAACACCAACAAAUAUUGUUGCAUUGGCAGCACUAGCAGCAGCUGCAUCAGAAGGCAGGGUGGAAUUUGUUGUGGGAAAGGUAUCCCUUGCUGACAUCAUGUCCCAGUGUAUUGUUAAUGCGCCAACGUCAUCUGCAAUUUACCAAGUUGUGGCAUGUCUUUCUGAUCAUCAAACGGACAACAUUUCAUUUCACAUACUUGUAACAGGAAUGAAACAGUGUCGAGUUACGAGUGAGAGUCUCCUUUCACCAUCAGAGCAUUCAUCCCAAAUCAGUCAGGGCCUCAUCUCUCUCCCUUUUACACAACUAAGACUAUCAUUGUCAGAAGUUACAACACCCCUAAUAAAACCUUCACCUACCUCUCCCACCUCAUACACUGCAAGGAUCACGGAGUUAGCAACACCAUCCUUAAAAUGUUCCGUCCUUGAGCAAUAUCAGAACAAGGUUGCUUCAUUGUUGCUGGCCAAGGUUCACUCAAUAUACGCAAGUGAGAAACACCCAGAUAUAUCACACUUCACCUCACUACGUUUCAUAUUUCUUCUACCUCCGUCACCAUGCUCAUACAAGACAGCUGUCAAUCAAAUAUCAAACUCAGGUGUUCUAAGUUUACUUUACAAAACCUCACUUCCCGUCACCUCUCUAUCCUCGCAAGUUGUUAUUCCAGUCGAACCAUCCUCAAAACAAAGAGUCUUAUCAAUGUGUAAGCAGUGGGAAGGUUCAUCCACCCUUCUGGUAUUGGUUGAUUUAGACUCAAGUGCCAACCAACAAAGCUCUGAGGGUGCCAGUGUACUCAACCAUCCUUGUAUUGUGAACUUAUCAAACGUACUAGUGAUUCAAUGCUCAACCGUGCCUUACUUGCUCCUCACUAACAGUUCAAGAGUGCCUCCAUCGAACCAAGUGUUUCAUUCUUCAGCAACUGCUACCUCAAAUAAACAGAUAACUGUUCCAAAUACCUCAUUAUUUUACUUUGGUACUACUGCAAGCUGUUCAACUAACCCACCCCGCAUCACAUAUGACCUCGAUUUUGAAAACCUCAAAGACAAUUUGCUGCUUAGCCAUCAUCCCUUGCAUACGUCACUCGUGGCAUGCGAGCUCAUCAUACAACAUUACAUUACUGCUCUUAUCAUCGCAUUUUCGGAAGAAAGCGAGCGAAGGAAGCUGAGAAUGGAUCUUACUUCAGUUUAUUCUGCGCUCACCGAACGCAUUGUUGAGGAUAUGAUUGGUCAACCAAGCAACCAAUCAGGUGCGACUGUCUUAAUUCGAAUUCCCUCAUCAGUGCUUACAGCAAGAUUCUUUGACACGAUAAAGCAUACCAGAGAUAAACUUGGUCAACAGAAUGCGUUUGAGAUUGUUCUGUAUAAUGCUCAGUGCCAGAAUAUAGAAGUCUCCGAACAUUUCCUACAAGUUUUGCGGACGCAAAACUUAAGUUCAGAUGAAUGGGUUCCAACCUCACUGGCUGACUUAACGGACAUCCCAUGCAUGAUUGUAUAUGAGGGGGAGUUGGUUUCCCAUCAAGACUUGCCCCGAACUUUGAGACACAUAGACCUUCGUAUGGCUUUUGAAGACGGAAAUCGCUUGACGAGGUCUAAGCUGGAAAUGGAACUCUCCCUCGCUGCCAGCGUGUGCCAUCCUAACCUGCAAACAAAAACCUUCAAAUCUGAUCCUGACGAUGAUGGUAACAACCUUCAUGUUAUAGAAUCUGAUGAUGCUCAGUCUGAUAAGGAUGGAGAAGGAAAAACGAGUGGCUGGGAGUCAAAAGAAGAAACACAGUUUGAUUCAAGGUUGGAGCCGUUGAAACGGAAGCGACCUCGCAUGGAUUGUGUGGAGUCCGAUUUCAUCAGUGCUGCAAUGCGUGAUGCGAAUCUUCAAACAACCGACAACGGAAAGGAAACGAAAUGCAAUCCCGUGGCACCAAAAGUGGUUCUACCAAAACGAAUUUAUGAUAUACUAAAGUCCAAUAAUGAGGGCACAACAGACGUGACAUCUUUACUGCCGUGCCAAUUGUCAUCAUGGAGUGAAACAUUACAUCCGAUACUUGACUCGCGUACAACUAAUCCUGACCAGGUUGCUGCUUAUUAUCGAAAGUGGACGAAACCUCUUCCAGGUCAUCCGGACUACAACGACUCAAGCGACACACUCGAUGAAAAUGAGAACCAGAUCAGUCAAAUUGAUCCUUAUCGUGUCCUCCUCACAACUCCCCCAAACUCAAAUCCCGUCUUCAUCUGCUGUAACUUUCUCAAACAACUUCACAGAUCACUUAUGAAGAUGCUUGAAAUUGAAGUAUACGAUGAUGUUGAAGAUAGACCUAUGAUAUCACGUGAAGCAACAUUUCACACGUUGCUAGGCAACCCUGUGAGUACGGAAAGGAGUCAAAUCACUAACUCAUGUUAUGACUUACAACAACUUCAUGUUAGAAAGCCCUCUGUUGUUGGUAAUAAUAGGAAGGUGGUGACCAUAUCAAGCAACAAUAAUCAUGCGUUCAAUGUAAGGCGAGGGAAGGAGAAUGUUACAUUGGACGACACAGAGAACUCUUCUUCUUCCACUUAUGAAGUUAAUCUUGCUCCCUCUGCUUCUUGGAGCUACAAAGGAUCAUUAAACCUUCGUCUUAUCAUCCCUGUGAAGAGCAGAUCACUUUUUAACUUCAUUAAAUGUGAAGACGGAUCACACAAACUCAGAUCUAUCAGACUGAGGGAACAGUCAUAUGAUGGACUCAAGACGCCCAUUGUAAGUUUUGGCAAUAAUGGGGCAGCUGAGGGGUUGUAUAACUUACGUGGCACCCUUGACACCAAUAAUGACGAUGUCAACCACCUUCAUAUGGUGGUAGUCAAGGAAUGCGACGAGUUCUCCUACACAAAGUUGCUGCCCAACCAUGUACUGCUCGUCUUGCCUCAAGACUUUGAUGUAUUGGGCAGAGGUGCAAUGAAGUUUGCUGCCCAAGCUCUCUUCACUCACUUCUAUGAUGUUUCUAUCGGAGAUGAGGCUAGUGACACCGUGUGGCCGUUUGUGAUGAUGAUGAACGAUGAUUGCGUUGCGUGGUCGUCAUGGAAACCAAGCGAGGAACGCAUUUCAAACCCGGCGGACGAAUGGAGUGACAUAUCACUGAAAGAGCUUCUAGAAAACGUGGAGUCUUCGUUAACAUCGGAAGUUGCAGCUGUUGGAUUCCGUCCGUGGUCGACCAACCUCACCCGACCAAACUCUGCCGAAAACUUGGUAAAACGGAGAAAUAACGUAUUCACCUCAUCCUAUAUCGAAUCGUGCGUCAUCUUAAACUUGUACGCAGCAAGGGAUGUUUUUUGCUCAAGUACAAGGUUUAACUGGGAAGACCUGGACUGGUCCCUUCGACUAGCAGCUGCGGGACUUCCGGUACAGAGGUUUGAAAACAUCGCUCUGUGCACAAAAGUCAUGCCAGCAGUGAAAUCCCACGAAAUAUUAAACUCCGAGGAAAGUGUGUUGGUAACGGCGGCAGAUUCCGAGUUUGUUCCUUUCUCCUUCCACCCAAGCCUGCUGCUGGAGAAACACUUUAACAAGAACGCUGCGUCAGUUUUCCCACUUUCACAGUCCAACCCCUUAAACCCAGUACUGUGCAUUGACUGUUAUAUCAGCCUUGGAACUGACAUCUUGGUCGAGUUUACGAGCAGCGACCCGUCGGCACCAGAUUGGGCACUGGAUUAUAAUAAAUUGUACGGCGGGUUAUUGCUGUACUGCCCUGCUUCCACCGUCACAUUUGAUUUCUUACUUAAGUAUCAGUUUGCUGAAGGCGCCACCGUGUGCGUGAUCGGACACGACCGUAGUUCGUUGCGCCAGACAGUGGUGAAACUGAACCUGGAAAGUGAAUGGCAUUUCCGUCUCACUGACGAAUUUCUGACUGCCAACCAUACUGUGCUCUCUGGCUCCAACGUGCGGCCACUUUAUUUCCUUACAGGUAUGCACAAGAACCCAUGAUCAGCCACGACAAUCAACUCAUCAUCAAUCUCUCAGUUUUAGUCACGGGUCUUGUUAAGGCCACAUCGAAUACUUUUUUUAGGCUUUUUACGUUUUAUUUGUACAUACCACCUCCGGAAAUGAGUUUUGCCUCGCCACAUUGAUCGGAAUGCGUUGUAAGCCAAUAUUGUGACCUCAAUCUCCGACGUCCUAUGCACUCAGACGAUUUUCCGUUUGCAAGCCAUCGGACGAUCACCACGGAACAUUACACGCUGUUCCACUUAAUCUACUUCAUUGUGACGUAAUAAUCAGGAUUUGUGUCUUGUCGUAUACCUCCACAACUAAUCUCAACUUCUUCAAUGUCGUCUUCAAAUCAAAAUGUUCCAAAACUUUACAAAACCCCUCUCUUGGUCUUCAAUCAAUGUUUGUUAUUGUAACACCUCCUUAUCGUGUACUACCCAACCCCGUACCUCACUUCACAGCGUUUUUCAACGCGUCAUCAUUUAAACAGCGUUUAUUAUAUACUUUGUACUUUCCAAACCGCCGCAAAAGAAACCGAUUUUUUGCCGGGGUUCCAUUUUUUUCAUUGGAACGCUACCUGUAAACCUGAUCCGAGUUACUAAAUGUCCAAUUUAUAACCAACAGUACCUUGAUAAACCAGGUGCAUACAUGGCCUACCCUCAAAUAUUGUGAAUAUUAUUUGUCGUACUAACCCGUUAUAUUUACUUGAAUCCGCAUGCACAGCAUUCCAUUGUGUCCAAGCUCCUCAUGCACCUACCUCGUUUUUGUUUGCUUCCAGCUACUCAGGAUCGUUAGCUCCACCCCAUGACCGUGGUCCGAUGUUUUCUUGUGAUUUUGAGAAACAAUGUGUGAAACGCGUAACCUCUGCGAAUAUUACAAAGAGUUGAAAAUCCGUG